GACUCGCCGGCGCCGUCCCGGAGGGGAUAAGGCCCAGAUGCCUCAGGCUUCCCCGUCUCCCCUCCCCACUUGCCUCCUCGCCUCCCAGAUCCACCCCGCACUCCUUAUGGCCUCUCUUCCCCCACGUCGCUCGACGCCGUCGUCGCCUUGUCGUCGUCAUCACCGCGGCCUCCAGCUGCCCCGCACUGCCCCAUCGUGUCCCGAGGAACUGCCUUCGUCGCCUACACCUUCUACAACACCGAGUCAAUGUCGGGGAGCCCUACAACGACGGGAUCGAGUUCGUCUUCAACUUCGGUGCCGCCACGGCCCGCCGUUCGAUCCGCGCCGCCCCGAGUUCCUUCGGCUUCCCCGAGUCCUCUCGAGCUUCACAGUGAGCUACCCCGAGACUGAUGCUGCCCCUGUGAUCGACUACUUCUACGACGACACUUCUUCCUUUUCAGCCGAGCAACCAGAUGACGGAUCCCAGGAGCCAGACGACACCACUGAUGAUUACUACUACCCCGAGGGCGCCUAUUACUACAAGACGGUCGCUGGCGACCUGGAGUAGUUAGGAGAAUUCUAGGCAGGGGGCCUUGCCUUUUCGAUCAUUGUUGCUUUUGUGCUAGCCUUCUUAAGGCAGACUUGUUUAACUUAUGUCUGUACUUAGAUA